CUGUUCUUCACCCGCCUAAUUCACUUUAGCAAUGGCGGACCUAGCAGCCCUUGCUCCUCCUUCUUCUUCUCCUUAUUCUCCCCAAAACCCAAGCCAAAACCCUUUACCGUCACCAUUAACAUCAUCGGCGGCGAGGCAAUGGAGACCCGCCUCGCAGAGAAACCUGAGAAACCAGUGGUCCAAGCUAGCUUCUCACAUUCAGCAAUGGGCCUCUUCUUCCUCCGCCGCAAGGUCACACGCCACGAGUCUCGUAAACGCCUUUCUCUCUCUAAAAUGACAGAUACAUGCCUUCAAUGGAGUUGGGCGUUCUAACCGAUAUGCCCGAUUUGCGAAAGAAAGCUUGCCAGAAAUUGUCCCAGCUGCAGGAGCUCCAUCGGAGAAAACUUUUAGCAUCAUACAAGGACAUGGUGUUAGUUGUAACCGAGAUGGUCAGAACUAGUAGAUCCAUGAGAUGCUUCCUCAAAGGGACAAGCAAUAGUCCACUUGAACAUUAUAUUGGCUAUUCUGAAGAUAAAAUUGAUCCUGGAGAUGGUGGCGGCAUUCCGGUCUUUACAUUUUGGUCAAUCUCGUGCUUUGAAAAAGUUGCAGAGGAGCUUGUCCUGAUGCUUAUAUCGGAACUGAAUCUGAAGCGUUUGCUUGUGGUGGAGUUACUAUCUGUUAGUUGCAAAGUUCCAGCGGUAAACACUAUGCAUUGGUCGGAUGAGUAUCUGCAACUUAUAUUCUGGGGAAACUUGUAGGCCAGUUUAUCCUAGAUUGGAUGAUCAGCAACCUGAUAUGCCAGCUACACAAUGUAACCAGCAGCCAGAUUAUGAUGUUUUGCAGGUUUAUCUAGCGACAUGGCUUGCAGAGGUGAAUGUAGAUGCUCACAGGGUGGAUGAAAUAUAUGCGGAAGUCGGGAAGGAAAUGCAUGUCAAGCUCUCAUGAGCUUGCUGAUAUGGGUGAAGAUUUGAUGCUCAUCCAAAGCAUCCGCCAUUACUUGCAAUCAAAGAAAUAUUCUUGAGGAAUACUGAGAAGCUCAGUUGUGCGAGUCUCGGUGCCCAAGAAAGAACCGCCAAAGGGCAGAACGGGCUUUAGGAUGGAAGUCAGUGCAGAUCGAAUGCAAUACCACCAAUCCUUGGCGUAAUAGUUUAUCGAUCCAAUGGCCGAAACUGAUAGCAGUGAGAUUUUGCAACUUCGCUGGUCUUUGUUUGAUUUUAACAGACCCUGUGCUUCGAGUUUUAUUCCGUUUUUCGCUAGGAAUUGUCUGAGAACCGGUGCUUGGAUUGCCGCACUGCAUUUUUCAGUCGAAUGUUGCUUCUUUUUUCAGGCUAAUGGCCGUUACAGGUGAAGGAAUUUGUUGAACAUAACAAUUCGUAGUGAAAGAACUACUUCGUCAUUGGUCAUGGUUUGGAGCUCCGACAACCGACGGUAACGAAGAAUUCCUGUAACAUGCUCCAAGCAAUGCGCAUCUUUUUCUUUAUCCUCCAUGCAGUGCCCAAGUCGAAGCAACAUAUAUUUGGUGAAGUUUUAUGUCGGAAUACAUCAAAACACGAUAUUACGA